CUGCUCAGGCAAUCCAAUAUGGCGUCGUCCAUGGAGGUUCAAUCUGCUUCGAAGGAUGUUUCAGAAACUGUUUUAGCGAGUUCUGGGUCAAGUGGAAGCGUUUCUGUGGCUCUCCAUCCCCUUGUUAUCAUGAAUAUAUCUGAGCAUUACACCAGGAUAAAAGCACAGUAUGGAAAUACCAACCCUCAAGUGAUUGGAGCUCUUUUAGGCACUCAGGAUGGCCGCACAAUAGAAAUUUUCAAUUCCUUUGAGCUUCAGUUUGAUCUCUUUGAUGAUGGACAACUUGUGAUUAACAUGGCUUACUACAAAACAAAAGAGGAACAAUUUCAUCAGGUGUUCAAAAAUUUGGAUUUUCUUGGCUGGUACACGACUGGAUCAGGACCUACUGAAAAUGAUAUUAGAGUACACAAACAGAUGUGUGAGAUAAAUGAAAGUCCAUUAUUUUUGAAACUCAAUCCACUGGCCAAGACAAAUGAUUUGCCAAUCAGUUUAUAUGAGUCUGUGAUUGACAUUGUCGAUGGAGCGGCACGGAUGUUAUUUGUAGAGACGCAUUACACCUUAGCGACAGAAGAGGCUGAAAGAAUUGGAGUCGAUCAUGUGGCUAGAUUAUCAAAUACAGGGACAAUUGAUGGCUCAACAGUGUCAGAACAUCUCCUUGCUCAGUACAAUGCAAUAAAGAUGCUUCAUUCCAGGGUCAAGAUGAUUUUGGAGUAUGCUAAAGCUGUGAAAAGUGGGGAAGUCCCUUGCAACCACGAGAUAAUGCGCGAUGCCUUGAGUCUGAUUCAGAGGCUUCCAGUUAUGAAGACUGAUGUUUUCCGUGAGGACUUUUACAAUCAAUGUAAUGAUGUUAUGCUGAUGUGCUACCUAUCCACCAUAACAAAGGGCGCCAACAGUUUAAAUGAGUUCAUCAACAAGUUCAACGUGGUUUAUGACAGGGGAAUGGGUCGAAGAAUGAGAGGAACCUUAUUUUAGGAUCUGAAAUACAUUAUUUGUACAACCACAGCAUUGUUCAGGAAUCACGGACUUCAGUUUGCUCAUGAGCCAACACGUGGCAAGAAUAACAAAAAAGUGUACAGAACUAUGUCAACAAAGCACUCCUUUUGUGCAGAAAUGUUUGCCAAGAAAAUGCAAACAAAAUUUUCGUGAUUUAUUUAAUAAAAAGUCAAUGAAUGCGA